AGAAGCGUGUCUGAACAUGGGUGUUGCUCCGUUUUCCGCUCUACUUCGAUGGCUGGCAUCUUCGCGUUCCGCUCAGGCUGCGUCUGGUUCACAGUAUGUACCAGCGCCUCGUGAUGGAUCGCUCACUCUCCCAGAGGUAUACAAUUGGCACUACCAACACAACCCGCACCAACGCGUCUUCCUCUGGCAUGACCACACGGGACCGGUACAUCUUACUUAUUCCGACGUGAUACCUGCGGCUCAACGCGCAGCUCGCUAUGUCGCCGAAGCUGCUGGAAUUGAGCUUGUGGACGACAUGACGCCCGCCAAACUCGUCGUGAUUCUUGCUGCAUCGGACACAGUCACGUAUGCGACUACACUCAUUGGACUAUCGCUUGCCGGUAUUCCCGUCUUUCCAAUAACUCCCCGUUUCUCCGCUUCUGUGGUAUCGAAGCUUGUCGCGGUCAGCGGUGCUUGCCACAUUUUCGUAAGCGGGGAAGCUGCGAUACAGGAACUUGCUCAGGAGGCGGUCAAGGUCCUCAGCCUUUCUUCUGACAACACCCCGGGGAUUUCCAUUAUGCCAUCCUACGAUGACCUAUAUCGCGUGCAAAGCCCAUUGCACCCUCUUCCUAGUCGGCGGUACGAUCCUUCCGCUCUAGCUAUCAUUACUCACUCGUCAGGUUCAACGUCCUUCCCCAAGCCCAUUCCCUGGAGCGUCCGCUGCACCUCCAACUAUUCCAUAGUUGACGCGGCCCGAGACUACGUGAACGAGGUUACCGCGUGCCCAGCUAUUGAGCUGUUCCACGCAUGGGGUAUUAUGUUCCUCUCAUUCCUGCCGAUGACGGGCUAUAUCAUGGCUGUGCUACCGCCCUCUUCUCCUGCAGUCGUCCCAACGGCAGACGCGGUCUACCAAUGCAUGACUGAGUGUAGAGCUGCCUACGCUUUGGCACCUCCGUCGCUCAUAACCCAAUGGUCGUGUGAUCUCAACCGAUAUCCGUAUCUAAGACAAAUGAAAGGAAUAGUGUAUGGCGGACGAUUCUUGAGUCGACCGGUUGGUGACUUGGUGGUUAAGAAUGGUGUUAGACUACAUACCGCUUACGGAACGACUGAGACGGGACUAAUCAGUACCAUCUUUCGAGCGACGGAUGAUGAAGAUUGGGAGUACUUCGAGAUCAACAGCCAGCUUAAUGGUGCCAUACUGCCAAACAAUGAUGCCGAGCAAUCGUACCGUCUAGUCGUCACAGCGGGACCAACACAAGCACUGCCAGUUAUCAACAGCGAGAUUGAUGGGAAAGAUGCACAUGUUCCCGGUGACUCGCUCCUGCCCCACCCAAACAAGCCCGGCUAUUGGAAGGUUCUUGGCAGAGUCGAUGAUCAGAUCAUGCUCUCUACGGGAGAGAUUGUCUACCCCUCUUCCAUAGAGUCGCAGCUAUGUCAAGAUGAACGCAUCAAGGGAGCGGUGAUGUUCGGCCGCGGCCAGUCCAAGGUCGGCGUCGUCAUCGAACUGGACUACGCAUCUGCGGCAAAGGAAGGAGAACACGAUUGCGUUAUCGACAUAGGCGACAUGGUCAUGCCUGUAGUCGAGAGGGUGAACGCGAUGUCACCGCCGUAUGCAAGGAUCGACAGACGCCUGACCAUCUUUGCGCACGAGUCCAAGCCGUUCACCUACUCGCUGAAAGGCACACCGCGGAGGGCUCUAGUAAUGAAGGAUUAUCAGCCAGAAAUUGAAGCGGCAUUCCAGCAGUACAAUGCGGAGGCAUCGCAAACUCAGAGUGUACCACUCAUACCCCUAUAGACGACGUGUACGAUAUACCCAUACUUAGCAAGUGGUCUGACCACUGAUACCCUCUCUGUGGACUUACGGUUCUGAUCACUUUGUUGUGAACGACAAGUUUAUUCCACAGCCCGAACGCCAGUUGUCGCCACACUUCUGUGUCCGGGCCCUUUAUAUUGAUCGACAAGCCACAAUGACUUCGAAUGUAACACGGCACCCGUUUUCCGCACCUGUACACCGCGACCGGGCGCACUUGGCAGGCUUUACCUGGGUUUGACUAUCUCUGUAUACAUUUUCCAGUGACACAUGCACGAAUCUGAAAAAUA